AUGUGUUCCAAAAACUCUGGUUCUUCUCCUGAUGAUAUUAUCGACGUCACACAAGAGAAUAAUACAGAUUCGAACAACGUUGGUUGUACAUUGUUGAGUACAUCUAAAAUAGCUUGUAAAAUGAUUUACAAUUUGUUGAUACAUAAAGAUCCACGUGUAAUCUUAGUCGAAAAUACGAAGAAGCAUACUUCAGAUUGCUGGAAUCAGUUUAGAUAUCCUGUAAUCAUUGAUGAUAAAGGUGUUGUGGUGACAAAAUUAGACAAAUUUGUCUCAUGUAAAUAUUGCUCUAUCACAUUUUCUUAUAAUAACAAUAGCACUUCACAAAUGAACAAACAUGAUUGUCGAAAUUCACCAGUUAAAUGCUCAACAAAAUCUGAUUCAACAUCUUCAUUGUCUUUCAAACAAAAAAAAGUCUUAUCUUUCACCUGUAAUCGUUCAGGAUCAAUUAAACUGAACGAAGAAGAAGAAGAAGAAAAGUGCCGAUACUACUUCAUCACAUGUAGCAAAAUUAUAGCCAACGAAUAUCGUUCUAAUAUUCGACAAAAACUUAUUGAACCUUUAUUACAACAAGCUGUCACAAUAUGUCCUAAUAUGUGGAGUGAUUCUCAUAGACAAGUUUCGUAUUUGGGAAUUAGUGUUUGUUUUACAGAUGAAAAUUAUCAAUUUUUUGCGUAUGAUCUUUGUUGUCAACCUUACACUGAAGCUGAUAAAAGCGCCGAAAAUAAUAUUAUUCCUUUUGGUAUUACUGAUUUAUCACAAAUAAACUUUGUUAGUGAUAGGGGUUCAAAUUUGGCUAAAGCACUUAAACCUUAUUCACCAGCAUAUUGUGUAGACUACAGACUCAACAAUAUUAUCAAAAAAUGUUUUUACCAAACAGGCAAAAUAAAAUAUAAAGCCGAUGAUUAUAUUACGAAUGAAACAAAUGAAUUAGUUUGCUCAUCAGAUUCUGAGGACGAUAAUGAUGUAAUUGAUAUUCCAUCAUCUGCAGCUAAUAUCCUCAAAACAAUAUUAUCUUGCAAAAAUUUGAGUGGAUUGAAUAAAAUAAUUCAGGACCAAUGUGGUGUUGCUGUACUGCAAGCAACGGUUGUGAGAUGGUUAUCAAUGAGUCAACUUCUGGAAUCAGUUAAUCGCUCAUAUCGACAAAUAAAAAAGAUUUUGGGAGAUAGAAAAAAAGUUAUUGUUCUCGAUAAACUUAUAAUUUUACAGCUUAUUAUUCUAUUACGAACAUUCAAACAUAUUAUUUUAUUUCUACAAAAGGGCAAAGAACCCACAUUACACCUUGUUACAAUAGCUAUUAUUACACUUCAAUAUUUAUUGGAAUAUGAUCAAAGUUAUCAAGAAAAUCCAUCAGGAGAAGAACUUCAGGAAGAUGAUGAAUAUUUAGAAGAAAACGAGGGAAUGCGUUUUUUCCGUAUACGUCUUUACCAAUUACUUAAUAUCAUGUUUGCUUUAGAACCAAUUCAUCUAGCUGCUACAUUGUUACAUCCUUGA